UCUAUUUUGCCUCCUUCCUUGGUUUAUAUCUCUCUUGCUUUAUUGCUCUCACUUACGCUUCAUCAGUCUGUGGACAUGACUAUGCAAAAAUAAUGCUGCUCCGUCAGAAUUUUAUCAUCAUUCUUGUGUUCUUUGGGAUGGUAUUGAGUGGGUUCAUUUACCUGAACAAUAACCAGUGCAGAUGCCAUCAGAAGAUAACAGAACAAGGCAUCAUCAAUGGUGGCACCGGCACAACCGUCGACCCCAGGAAGUUAACAUGCAAUCAGCAGAUAACAGAACAAGGCAUCACCAACCUAAAAUGGAAGCAAAAUACCUUUGGAUUGCGCUCAUCACCAGGGUUAUUGUACAACCAGCCGAGUGCGUUGGUAGGAAGUCGGACAGAUGUUGCUUCUGUGUCACCAUGGUCAGCUCCAAUCGUUUGGGAGGGAACCUUUGACUCCAAACUGAUCGACUCGAUCUACAAACAACAGAAUCUCACCAUCGCAACCACUGCCUUCGCUUUGGGAAAAUACGUUCGUUUUGUCAAAGAUUUUCUGGAGUCAGCUGAGCAGCAUUACUUUGUUGGAUUUCGAGUGCAUUACUACUUGUUUACAGAUCAACCAGAAUUAGUUCCUGAAGUGAAGAUGGGUGAAAACCGUAGUCUGACAGUUCUAAAGGUUCAGAGUUUGAAAAGAUGGCAGGACAUCAGUAUGAGCAGGAUGGAAAAACUGGAGAAACUGAUAGAGAGUGAACUGGCCAGUGAGGCCAACUAUAUCUUCUGCCUGGACAUAGAUACCAAGUUCUAUGGCCGUUGGGGUGUGGAGUCAUUGGGUCGUCUGGUAGGUGUGAUACAUCCUUGGCUCUAUGAUACUUCAAGGGAUAAAUUCACAUAUGAGCGCAGUCCAAAGUCUCAAGCAUACAUUCCAGCUGGGGAAGGUGAUUAUUAUUACGCUGGUGCUGCAUUUGGUGGUUCAUUGGAGGAUGUAUAUCAUCUCACAAAAACCUGCAGGGAGAAGAUGAGCAUUGAUGCUGCAAACUCCAUUGAGGCGGUAUGGCAAGAGGAGUCACACUUGAACAAGUAUUUCCUUUUGAACAAACCUAGUAAACUGCUCUCUCCUGAAUAUAUGUGGCGGGACAUCAAUGAAAGAGCAGCCCAAAUAAAAAUUGUUCGCUUUACUAAUGUACCUAAAAACUAUGCUGAAAUUCGUCCAAACCCGUAGCAACUGUUGCCAGUUAUGCUGAAAAGGUGUGUUCUCACAGGACUCCAAUAAGACACUGUGAAUCUGUUAACGAGUAAUAAUGAUGACAAGGAAGUCGACAUCUGCAACCAAGAAAUGGAUAAUCACAGACAUAUAUAGAUGUUUACGAGCACAAUGUUGCAUCAGAAACAGAAGAAUUUUGAAUAAACACUCACAAUACGAACUUGUUAAACUUUUUGCAAUACACUUUAUUAUGUAACCAAAUGCAAUUCAUGUGUAUUGAAAGCACUGACAACCUUUGGUUUUACCACUUUUAUGAAGAGAGUUGAGGGAAGACUUUUUUAUGGAGCUACAAGGUCUAUUGUCCUCUUGCAUUAACGAUACACUAUUUUCCUGUUUAAAGCUUUGACACAGUCUGUAUUGUAUAAAGCACUAUUAUUGAUAUUGAUUUUGCUAAACAUAACAGCUUUUUGACAAUAUAUUCAGUAGCAAUAAUCUUUCUUUAUUCUUUCAGACAAAAUAAUUAGCUCGGGUCUUCAUUCAAGUUUCAAAUGUGUAAUGGAUGUUCUUGUACAAAACAGAAACGAAAUAAAAAAUGACAUACAAUUGGUUACAAA